GACUAGCUCAGUUGGUUAGAGCGUGGUGCUAAUAUGCAACGCCAAGGUCGUCGGUUCGACCCCGGCGUUGGCCAAGUCUUUUGUUUACCGCUUCUUCCAUGUUCUCCCAGUCCUACCCAAACCUUACGGCCAGCCAGUCCUCCUUUUUCUCAACUUCCACCAGUCUACCGAGUCUUUAUGAUGGGUCCUCUGGAACUCUUAGCCAGCAGUACUCGCACUCGACGACCGCAUCCGAUGUAGGAUCCCCGGAGACGUUCAAGCAGAACAGCCAGCUCGCGCUGGGCCAGGUGUCGCGCGUACAGGCGUUAGCGAGGAGUGUUUUGCUGGCGACCCAACAUGCGUAUCAGACGGGCAACAAUCCCAUACAGACUGCAGCGGACAUGGCCACCCUUCACCAGGCUCUAGAGCUCCUAGCAGCGGUCCUUCGCCAGUCGGGCGUCGGCGCGCUGCCAAUGCGCCCGCGAGACCCGUCGAACGCCGCAUCACAGCCCGAAGCAGACGAGGAGCGGCUCAUCGCAGAGAUGACGAGCGCGGUGCAGGCUCUGUUCGAGAAGAGGAAGAGGCUGGAGGAGAGCGCGGGUGUCGUGGCGAGCUUGUUGGGUGUGGAAAAGGAGGCAAGGAAGUAAUGAAGCGAGGGACUGGAUUGCAGCACGGAUGAUCACGACACGCGAAGCUUUCGACGACGUGCACUAUGUAUAAUAUUCAUUCCUCUGAUCUACUAGCUAUAUCGUUGGUGGGACCCGUCAU